GAAUAUUAUCUCAUAAAUGACAUAUUAAAGAAAAAGGGAGUUACAAAAACAAAACAAAAGCGGGAAAUGAGAGUGACGGCCCAUACAAUGAGAACCGCAAAUCAGAAACACAAUAAUAGCAAUUAUCAUAUCAUUUGCAAUAGAUAGAUAGAUAACAAUAAUAACAAAAGAUGAAAGAAAUAUUUUGAGACAAAAAGUGAAAUUGAACAGAAGGGUCAACGUUAUCCACGGCUUGCACGUAAGUAAUACCCACACAUUUAUUUAUCCUUUUUUCUUUUUAAAUUUUAAAAAUAAAACUGGAACCUCUUCACAUAUCCAUAUAUAAAUGUACAUGUAUAUCUUCUUCGAAUAGAACUCAUGUUUCUGUGUUCCCAAUUGCAGAACAACAACACACAUCUUCACAUAAGAACUCUCUUGUUCUGUUUCUUAUCCUGUUUCAAGAAUUCAUUUUACUUGAUUUCUGUUGAAAUAUGAAUCUGAAUAUAAAGAACGUGGGCAAUAUGAUCUGUCAAGAUUCAAGUAGGACACAAGAAGAAGAAGACCUUGUUGAAGGAGUUUCAAGAUCGAUGUUAGACGCUGAAACAUUCUCCGGGGAAGAAGAAGAAGAAGAUUUGUCAUCUUGUUCAUUAUCUUCCAUGUGUUCAUCUGAUUUAACAGAGGAGGAUGAUGAUGCAUCUUCAUCUUCUUCAAAUGGACCUCUUGAAGAUCUCUCUGACCUCAUGUUACACCUGCCAAUCAAGAGGGGAUUGUCAAAGUUUUAUGAAGGGAAAUCUCAAUCAUUCACAUCACUAGCAAAUGUUAAAAGUCUUGAAGAUCUUAUGAAGAGAGGGUUUAAUAAUACAAGUAAUAAAGCAAGAAGAAAGGCAUGUAAGAGCACUGGAGGAAUAAUAGAUCAAAGCUACAAAAAGGUUUAUAGCCCAAAAGCUACAAUCUCCAAGAAAGCCACAAGAACAGCUUCUUCUGUUCUCUCUUGUCUAGCCAGGAAAAGAAUUUAGAUCUGAGAGGAACAUUAGUCUUUCUUUCUUUUUUUUUAAUCAUUUUUUACGAUUCACCAAAUCGGUUUCAGUAACAUAACCAAAAAUAAAACAUGUUCACCUUAAAUCUUAAGCCUGUAAGAAAGAUAUUUCAGUGUCUUAAAUGUGUAGAAAAGUUAAAUAGACUUGGUUGUACACCCUUUUUGGCCUUUGGCUCUGUUUAGUUGAAUGUAUCAAAUCUUGUUGGUUCACAUACCAA